ACUAUGUAUACAGAUUAAUCUUCUAUAAUUUAAAAUAUUGCUAACUAUUAAGGAAAAACAUGAAUGCCGUGUCGGAAUUAAUUAAGAAUCGUCGGAAAUCAGUCAGAGAUGUUGCUUGCCUAGCAGCUGAGGGUAGACUGUUCCAGAGGACUGCACCACUAUAGGCAAAGCUAUUUUUGUAAUGGUUAGUACGUGGCAAUGGUAUUGCAAGCUUAUUAUCAGAAUCGCGCAAAUUGUAAGGAUUAAAUUUUUUUUCGGCCCUGGUCUAAAGAUAAGGGGGGCCCGGGUUCCCCGGGCCUCUCCCCCGGAUCCGCCACUGACUUAUUACAUACCGUAUAGUGCCAGCUACGCGUCCUUAUUUUUAAUGGAACUUGUGAAACAACUUAUGAAUUACAAAAUCCCCGUCUCGUGUCUAGCAAAUAUGCCUGCCAAGCAUUAUUCCAAAAAUUCCAAACAACAAAAAUGAACAUUGAGAAAACUGUCGGGCUAACAUACCGUAUUUUCAAAGACCACAACUACACCAAUCCGUGUCAAUCUUCUUCAAGUUUGUCCACCCUAGCCUUUUUUGUAUAUGUUGUGUUAUUUAUACCUUUUUGUAACGUUUUGAGCUGCUAUUUUUAUGUUUUACUCCAUUUUUUGCAGUACCCACCAUUUGAAUUUUUAGAACGUAUGAGUCGUGAGACAGCUAUCUAAGUAACGCAGGGAGGGGAGUGGGGGAAGUGACGGCGGGGGGUGGGUGAGGGUGAGGGUGGGGAAGCCAGGUUUGUAAGUUGCAGUAUGUAUGUCCGUUCGUCACCUUUUUAAAAACUUCCUAAUCUAAAGCAAAAGAAAACUCUUUGCUAUUACGAUAUCAACAUGUAGUGCUUGAAAAAAGGUAAGUAAUGUAAUCAGCUGUGGGAUAUAAAACUAUAUUUUAGGUGAAUUAGCUAUUGUUGGUGUGACUGGUCAGGUUCUUAAGUUUGAUAUAAACGCAAGACUCCGCAAGUAAUCUCCUUGGAACUGUUCGGCAGCGUCCUAAUUGAUACCAAAUUUGAUUAAGUAAUUUAUGCUUAUGUGAUAUGUAAGGCUGAGGACGAAUUCACGACUUCUAGGAGGAAUGAGUGGAGUCUUCGGUUCUAUCUCAAUAAGCUUAUAUGUGAAUAAAUUCUGUGUUCAUCCAAAAGUGGAAGCAUCACACAUAGAGUCUUGUUCACAGAAGGAAGAAGACCUAUUUUUUUCUAGCUACCUUACAGGGUUAAUCUUGGACCUCUUAUAAAUGGCUUAUUUAUUCGAUUUGGAAUAUCCAGCCGGUUCCAGGCGUUCAGUUAGCGGAAGAGCGGAAAAAAACCGGGAUCGUGAGAGAGCUACCCCAUUUCCCAGGUGUUCGCGUUUCUUCGCCUAUUUCAGUCCCCUCGCUCCCUACUAUCUGAGCGCCUGAAACAGGUUAUGGACCAUCCUUUUUAACCGCUCUGCCGAGCAUUCAUAUUGUAAGCGUAACCAAUGUUGACAUUUCUCUCUCCCUUUAGAUAAAAUACUGUGAUGACCUGGGUAUUUCCGCAAACAAAAGCUCUACUCUUUACCUCUUCAUUGGUAUCUUUGCAACGUUAGGUCGUUUUGGAGCAGGCUUCCUGUGUACGUUUACGCAAGUGAAACCAAGAACUUUGUUUCAAGUCGUUUGCUUCACAUUGGGCGCCUCCACAAUGUUACUAACUGUUUUAAAAACCUAUGGCGCCUUAGUGGCUUAUGCCAUUGUUUUUAGUUUGUCGGAUGGCCUUAUGGUAACGUCCUACAUUAUUGAAUUUUUGAAUUCCGUAGAGGAAUCAAAAAAAUCUUCAGCUCUGGGAUAUUCAAUGUUGGUGGGUGGCGCUGGUGCUAUGGCUAGCCCGCCCUUGUCUGGUAAGUUAUUGGAAACUGUACAUUACGGCAAGCUUGAAAAGUACACUUAAAAAGGGGCUAUUAUGAAUGGGAUUACUGGCUUGGGCGAUGGGUGUCCUGUGUAUUUGCGGUCACGCGCACGUUUUAUAGGUUUAUUCAGUAAGUUCCGCUCGCGCUGGUCCUUCGCUGAAGAGAUAAAAGAGCUUGAGGCUUUAACAGGACUACGAAUGUUGACCUCGUUUCAGAAGAAAUUGCGACUUAAUAUUAGACUAUAUAAAAGUAUUGUGACGAUUGGCCAUCUGAAGGACACAAACUGCUGUACCUUUACUGUAUUAGUACCCUGUUCCAGGCUCUAUAGUAGUAAUGUACAGUGAUCGUAAAAUCUGGUGCGAAAAGCGCGCGGAGCUGGGGAAAGCGGAGGCGCCAUUGCGCCUGCUUCCCUCAGAUCACGUGUGUCUCAUUUUCGCUUGGUUUGAUUUUGCGAGGUCCCUACUAUCUGAGAGCCUGGUACAAAGGCUACAAUAUAGUUGGCUGCUGCUCCUGGAGUACUGAAAGAUCUUUUAAAAUCUUUGAACGGUAUCACUUUGACGGAAAGGGGCGAAACUAAUCUUUUGGAGUUUGGUUAUAAAAAAUACGUAAACAAACUGAACUUUAAUUAUAUUUGAAAAAAUUAAAAAGCUUAUUGCUCCUAUCCUACUUUAUAAAGCUAAUGCGCGUAAUUCAAUUAAUAUAAAUAUGUUUGGUGACAAGUCCAAAAUAUAUCACUGAAGAAAUUCGCGUUUUCAGGUUCUAACCCUUACACUACUAAAAGCUGCGUUUGUCCGGAAUGAAAAUCAUUUUCCUUGUAGAGAACCUUUUAAUUUCAGCCCAAUUACUAGUAAGAGACUGAUACAUAUUAAUCGUUUCGUUUCAGGUUUUAUGGCCGACCGUUUUGGUAAUUACACUUCCGCGUUUCUCAUGGGCGGCGGAGUCGGGGUUAUUGCUUCUCUAAUGCCAUUUCUCCUUCUUUGCCUUCAACAAAAAUCCAAGAAGUCUUGUGAAAGUGAGAUUAUGCCUCUAGACAUCAUUGAAUGCGAAGACGUUGCAGAAGAAGACCUUACUGUACAACAAGAUGAAACAAAACUUGUAAACGGGUCUGUAAACAGUAGCGCGGUGGCUCGAAAGAAUUAUGAGAGAUCAGCGUCUUUUGUCAUGGCCAUGAAGUCCCCUGUUUAG